UCCAUCUUAUGCAUGAUUUAUUUCUCAUUAUGUGAAUUUGGUCUUGUAGGGUACUAAUGGGUUCAUGAUUCAAGUGGAGACAUGGUUCAUUCAACCAAAUGGAGCCCAAAACCCUAACUGAUCUGAAAUUGAGCUUGGAUUCGAGUCAAACCCCAGCUGGACCAAACCCUAGGUAUAAAAGGGAAUUUUUGGCACGGUGAAUAGUGAGCUCGCGCUACUGUUCAUCGUGCCAGUUUUCGUGACGGCGCGGUCGCGACUCCUCCCUUCUUCCAGAGCUUCGAACCAGCUUGUCUUCACCAGCGUGGAGUUCCUCAACAUCCGACGAUCAGAUUCCGACCAUCAGUUCUCAUCAGCGAGUGGAUUUGGCGAGCAUGGUACUGUAGCUGUGGGAUGCGAUUUUCAGCUCAGAUCAGCGGUGUUCUUCUGGUCUGAGUUUCCAUUCCAUCACAGGAUUAUCAGCGGUGGUCCUCCGGUGGUUCUGAGCCCUUUUCUGACAGUUUUCCAUCCAUUUCAAGCCUUUGUCCAGUUCGUGACUACAGUGCCAGCGAACCCAGCAGCGUGCAGCAGAGUGACACUUCGGAAACUGAUCUCGCUGUAUUUUUGUGAGCUGAUACAAGUUAAUCUGAGUUGUCUCGAGUUCAAGGACACCAUCUGACUUCUGUUGGAGUGUUCUCUGCAGACCCUUGUGUGACAGCAAGGAGAAGAUGAAUUUGGUCCGAGAUUUGGGUGUAGGGAUGUUAGAUUUUCUUUGCAGUUUGUUUCUAGCUUAGGUUUCCUUGUUUACACAGUUUUGUUUCUGAAUCUGAAAGUUUAUAGAUUAGAUUUAUUUGCAGUUUUAAUUGCUAAACGAAUCUGUUCUUGCUUGUGUUCUGUUUUUGUAUUAUUUUCUUCCUAGUUUUGUUUUCGUGUUCUGUUUAGCACAACAGGGUCUGGUGUGUUUUAGUUUAAGCUAUUCAUUAGCUUAUAAGUAAGUUUCAUAAAUGAGUAAUUAAUGUCUAGUGUGACUAGUUAGAUGUGUGACAAGAUUUCGUUGAGUUCUGUUUUGCAAUGUACAGAGCUGAAAAUUCUGCAUUUUGAUUCUGCAUUAGAUAAAUUAGGUUAGCUAAGCAGAUUUAGUUUUUUUAAUUGCUGGUAGCUUAAGAUUAGUUUUCUAGUUUAAUUUAGAUGAAUCCAGAAUGUGCAGGUUUUAAUAAUUACAGCAGGUUGAGUUUCAUUUAGUGUAAGUUUAUUUCUGCAGACUUGCAUUUUUGCAGUUUUAUAGAUCAGUGCAGAAAUAGUUGAAGUUUUGUUUCUUCUGGUUCUUAGAAUUAAUUUUGCAGUAGGGUAAUUGAAGUUCUUGAAUUCAUUUCUAGUUCUAUGAUUUUAUUUUGAAUACCAAAGCCCCAUUUUAUAACUAGAAAACCCAAAAAGAGUGUUCUUAAUCCAAAACAAGCACGUUCUAGCAUAAUUCUUGGAAAUUCGACUCGGGCCUUAUACUAAAACAUUGCUUUGUGUAGUUGUGGGUUUUCGAUCUGAACAUUAAUUUGGGAGUUUAUUUGUGACAUCUAAUUAGAGAGCUUACCAAAUUUUGGCGCCGUUGCCGGGGAACUUUAAACUUUGCUAGAAUUGUUUGUUUGUUUUGGAUUGUGAAUAAUUUUCUCAGCUUUAGUUUGCUGAUUUUUCUGAUUUUAUUGAAUAUCUACUGAAUUUUGAUUGUUUAUUGGCUUGCAUGACUAGGUCUUCCUUUGCAACAUUACUUGAACUUGACCCGGAGAUUGAGAGAACCUUUUGGGCUUUAAGGAGACAAGCUAGGUCAGCAGCAACUUGUGAGAGCAGAAUUUCAGAGAUGGAUAAUCAGAUAACAGAAGGGGAUCGAACUAUGAAAGAGCUUGCAGCACCAGAUGUGGCUUAUAAGUACUCAUGCAUCACUUAUCCAGAUUUGGCAGGAGAUUUUGAACUCAGAUCAGGACUUAUUCAUUUGCUUCCCAAAUUUCAAGGGUUAUCAGGAGAGGAUCCCAACCGCCAUCUACAUGAGUUCCAUGUGGUUUGUUCUACCAUGAAACCACAGGGGAUUUCAGAAGAAGACAUUAAGUUGAGGGCCUUUCCAUUCUCUUUGACAGGAGCAGCAAAGGACUGGUUAUAUUGCCUUCCAGCUGGAUACAUUACUAAUUGGAUUGAUAUGAAGAAAGCAUUUUUGGAGAAAUUUUUCCCAGCUUCUAGGACUGCAACUAUCAGGAAGAGCAUUUGUGGUAUUCAGCAAGUAGUGGGAGAGACUCUUUAUGAUUAUUGGGAGAGAUUCAAAAAGCUGUGUUCGAGUUGUCCACAACAUCAGAUUAGUGAUCAGCUUCUUGUUCAAUAUUUUUAUGAGGGUCUACUUCCUAUGGAUAGGAGCAUGAUAGAUGCAGCAGCUGGAGGAGCCUUGGUGAAUAAGACUCCAAAUCAAGCAAGAGAGUUAAUUUCAAAUAUGGCAGAAAAUUCACAGCAAUUUGGGAGUAGAGCUCUUGGGACUAGAGUGGUUAAUGAAACUCAUUUGGUUUCGAAUGAGCAACAAGAAAUCAGAAAUAAUUUGCAAGAAUUGACCUCUCUAGUGAAGCAAAUGGCGUUGCAAAAUUCGAGUCAUGUUUCAAAUUUUCCUUUAUCAAUGAUGAAGUUGUGUGGAAUUUGUUCAAGCCAAGAUCAUUCUUCGGAUCAUUGUCCUAAUUUAUAUCAAGAUGAAUCUGUUGCAGCCAUUUCAAGACCUCAAUUUCAGCAACACAAGUAUGAUUCCAACUCUUCAACUUAUAAUCCGGGAUGGAGGGAUCAUCCUAAUUUGAGGUAUGGGAACACAUUUUAUCAGCAGCCAACACAAAAUCAGAUUGGUCAGUCAUCAUUUCAGCAUCAGCAGAAUCAACAUUAUUUCCAGAACCAUCCAACAGUUCAUUCUCAGCAAAAUCAGUACUUCCAGCAGCCACAAUUUCAGCAAAACUUCAACCAAAAUCAGCAAUUUCAACCAUUCCAGAAUUUUCAGCAUUCGAAUGUUGCAUUUCAGCCACAAUUUCAGAAUGCACAGAAUCAGCAAAACCAUUUCCAGCAAAUUCAGCAACCUGUGCAGAAUUUCCAGCAGCCAAGCAGUGCGAAUCAGCAUCAAUUUCAGCUUGCACUUCCAUCUUCUACAAGUCCUAGAUCAAUGCAACCUCAGCACAACUUUAGCAACUCGAAAAUUGAAGAUUUGAUGCAGCAAAUGAUGCAACAGCAGCAACACCAGCAAAGAACUGAUACAACGCUGCAAAACAUUGAAAGACUCUUCGAAGUGGUAAAACAAUUUCAGACCCAAAUCCGAAUUUUCCAACAGGAGCACAGCAGAAUAUUUCCAGGCCAUUUGCAGCUUCGAGUUCACAAAAUUUCCAGAAUUUUCCAGCAAAUUCAGAGCAGCCAGAUUCUGCACAGCAUGGGAUUACUGGAGCUGAUCAGCAACAUUUCAAUCAAUCGGAAGCUUCAGAUUCUGAUCAAAUUGAUGGAGCAGAUUUCGGCUUGGAAUUUACUCCAACAGCAACUUCAAAUUCAGCUCAAAAUUCAGCACAUAAUCUGGGAAAUUCUGGACAGAAAUCUAAACCAGCAAGGAGUUGAGCAUUCUAUUCCAUUACCUUUCCCUCAAAGAAGUGUACAACCAAGGAAAGAGAUGGAGGAAGAAAAGGCGAAAGAAUAUCAAGAAUUGGUGAAAUUGUUCAGCAAGGUUGAAGUGAACAUUCCUUUGCUUACCAUGAUUAAGCAAAUUCCAAAAUAUGCCAAAUUCCUCAAGGAUCUUUGUGUGCACAAAAAGAAAUUGAAGGGAAAUGAAUUGAUAAGUAUGGGAAAGAAUGUCUCAGCAUUACUUCAGCCAGUUCCUCAGAAGUGUGAAGAUCCAGGAGUUUUUACCGUGCCUUGUGUUAUAGGAGAUUGUAUUUUUGAGGAUGCGAUGUUAGAUCUUGGAGCUUCUAUUAAUGUGAUGCCUAAGUCAGUUUUUCAGUCAUUAAGAAUUGGACCUUUGCAGCCUACAGGUGUAGUGAUUCAGUUGGCCAAUAGAAGUCAAUCACACCCAGCUGGAGUGAUAGAAGAUGUAUUGGUAAAAGUGAGGGAGUUAAUUUUUCCUGCAGAUUUUUACAUCUUAGACAUGGAGGGUGAUGUGCUUGCAAACAGGGCUCCGCUUAUUCUUGGACGUCCAUUCUUGAAGACUGCUAGAACGAAGAUUGAUGUGCAUGCUGGAACUCUUUCUAUGGAGAUAGGAGACACAGUGGUUAGAUUCAGCAUUUUUGAGGCUAUGAAGCAUCCUAGAGAGGAUCAUUCUAUACUUAGCGUGGAUAUCUCAGAGGAGCUGGAUGGUAUGGAGUUCUUGUCAGAUAUUGAUUCAGACUUAGAGAUUUCUGAUUUUGGUACAGUGAAUGAAUUUGUUGCAUUAUUGGAAGAUGUUUUAGAUGUGGAAUCUGAUGUCAAUUCAAGUGAAUGUGUAGGGGAUUGCUUGGGAGAAGCAUUACCCCUAGGAUCGCUCAGAGAGGAAGAGGUAUGUGUAGGGGAUUGCUCAGCAGCAUUACCCCUAGGAUCACCUAUUAUGGAGCAGACACAAGAGGAGUUGAAACCAUUGCCCCAACAUCUGAAAUAUGCAUAUUUGGGAGAAAAUCAGCAGCUACCUGUCAUCAUAGCUCAGAAUUUGGAACCAGAUCAGGAGGAGAGAUUAUUAGAGAUUCUGAGACAGCAUAGGAAGACCAUUGGAUGGACUUUGGCGGACAUUCCUGGGAUUAGUCCUUCCAUUUGUAUGCAUAGGAUCUAUUUGGAGGAGGAUGUGAAGCCAGUGAGACAGCCACAAAGACGACUGAACCCUUUGAUCUUGGAUGUGGUAAAGAAGGAGGUGACUAGACUCUUACAGGCAGGCAUUAUUUAUCCGAUUUCUGACAGCAAAUGGGUAAGUCCCAUCCACGUGGUUCCGAAGAAGUCAGGGGUGACAGUGGUAGCUAAUGAAGAGAACGAGUUGGUUCCCACGAGAGUGAAGAAUUCCUGGAGGGUAUGUGUGGAUUACAGGAAGCUGAACCAAGCAAGCAGGAAGGAUCAUUAUUCACUUCCUUUUAUUGAUCAGAUGUUGGAGAGGCUGGCAGGUAAAUCCCAUUAUUGUUUUCUUGAUGGGUACACUGGUUAUUUUCAGAUUUGCAUCGACCCAGAGGACCAGGAGAAGACGACCUUCACUUGCCCUUUCGGUACAUUCGCAUAUCGUAGGAUGCCAUUUGGAUUGUGCAACGCUCCAGGUACUUUUCAGCGAUGCAUGGUGAGUAUUUUUGGUGAUUUAUUAGAGCAUUGCAUGGAAGUAUUCAUGGAUGAUUUUUCUGUUUAUGGCUCUUCUUUUGAUGCAUGUUUGGAAAACUUGUCUUGAGUUUUAAGUAGAUGUAUCGACACAGAUUUGGUUUUAAAUUUUGAAAAGUGUCAUUUUAUGGUAGAGCAUGGCAUUGUUUUAGGUCAUAUAGUCUCUAGGAAAGGCAUUGAAGUAGAACCUGCUAAAGUUAGCGCUAUAUCUUCUUUAUCUUACCCCGCAUGCGUGCGGGAAGUGCGAGCUUUUCUUGGUCAUGCAGGAUUCUACAGGAGAUUUAUUAGAGACUUCAGUAAGAUUGCUCUACCAUUAUCUCAGCUACUUCAGAAGGAUGUUUUGUUUGAUUUCGAUCAGAGGUACAGAGAAGCUUUUGACAGAUUGAAGGAGGCUCUUACCUCAGCACCUAUUAUCAGACCCCCAGACUGGUCUUUACCUUUCGAGUUGAUGUGUGAUGCUUCAGAUUAUGCAGUGGGAGCUGUACUAGCACAGAGAGUUGAUGGAGCACCACAUGUUAUUUGCUAUGCUUCCAAGACUUUGGACUCAGCUCAAGCAAACUACACAACAACAGAAAAAGAGCUUCUUUCUAUUGUUUUUGCUUUAGAUAAGUUCAGAUCAUAUCUUCUUUAUUCUCAUGUGAUUAUUUUUUCUGAUCAUGCAGCUUUGAAGUAUCUCCUCAAGAAGCCUGAUGCAAAGCCUAGAUUAAUCAGAUGGAUGCUUCUGCUUCAAGAAUUCGACGUAGAGAUACGUGAUAGGAGCGGGAAGGAGAACUUGGUUGCAGAUCACUUGAGCAGGAUUGAAGGAGACUUGGAUCGCACGACCAUUGAUGAUGAUUUCAGAGAUGAGCAGCUUCUACAGCUGUAGGGUGAGUCUCCAUGGUAUGCAGAUCUAGUGAAUUUCUUAGUUGCACAUGUUUAUCCCAAACAAUUUUCAAAAGCUCAAAAAGAUAAAUUAAAAAGUGAUUCAAAAUUCUAUGUUUGGGACGAUCCUUACUUGUGGAAGUUUUGUAGUGAUCAGAUCAUUAGGAGAUGCAUACCUGACUCUGAGUUUCAGUCUGUACUUACCUUUUGUCAUUCUUUUGAGUGUGGAGGACAUUUUGGACCACAAAGAACUGCUAGGAAAAUAUUAGAAUGUGGUUUGUAUUGGCUUACUCUUUUUCGUGAUGCCUAUGUUUUUUAUAGAUCAUGUGAUAGGUGUCAACGAACUGGGAACAUAGGACUUAGAAAUGAAAUGCCUCAACAAUUCAUAUUAUUUUGUGAGAUUUUUGAUGUUUGGGGUAUUGACUUUAUGGGUCCAUUUCCUGCCUCUUUCGGUUUUGUUUACAUUUUAUUGGCAGUUGAUUAUGUUUCCAAAUGGGUGGAGGCCAUUCCCACUCAGACUGAUGACUCUUCUGUUGUUGUUAGUUUUGUCAGGUCUCACAUAUUUUGCAGGUUUGGAGUACCCAGGGCGAUCAUAAGUGAUCAAGGGUCUCAUUUUUGUAACAGACACAUGAAGGCUUUGCUACAUAAGUACGGGGUUACACAUAAAGUUUCUACAUCCUAUCACCCGCAAACAAAUGGGCAAGCAGAAGUGUCUAACAGGGAGGUGAAAUCAAUUCUUGAAAAAACUGUGAGACCGGAUAGAAAAGAUUGGAGCAAAAGACUUGAAGAUGCACUUUGGGCAUAUAGGACAGCUUUCAAAACCCCUAUUGGAAUGUCCCCUUACAGGAUUGUGUAUGGAAAAGCAUGUCAUUUGCCUGUGGAGAUUGAACAUAGGGCAUAUUGGGCGGUUAAAGCAUGCAACCUUGAUAGUGACACGGUUGGAGAAGAAAGAAAGUUGCAACUCCAAGAACUUGAAGAGAUUAGAUUGGAAGCCUUUGAGAACUCACGGAUUUACAAAGAAAAGGCCAAGAGAUUUCAUGACAAACAAAUUGAAGUGAAAGAGUUUCAAAUUGGUGACAAAGUACUUCUAUAUCGAUCUCGUCUCAAAUUGAUUAAAGAUAAGUUGAGAUCUAGAUGGGAAGGACCUUAUUGUGUUACUAAUGUUUUCUUUUAUGGAGUGGUUGAGAUCCAGGAUUUGUCUACUGGUCGGGUUUUUAAAGUUAAUGGACAAAGGCUUAAAAAGUUUCAUGAAGAAGUGAAGGGCUUGGUGGUGGAGGAAAUGGAACAUGUUGAUGCUAUCUACCCGAGUUAGAGGGGAGUUUCACUUUAUCUUUUGUUUCUUUGCAAAUUAAUAAAUUUUAGGUGUAGGUAGUUUUCUUAUUUGUUUAGGUAAAAUUUCGGUUUCAUUUAGAAUUUUCUUGCAUAAAUAAAUUUUGAGUUACAUUAGUAAUUUUUAUUUUUGCAUAGUUAUAGUUUUGGAAUUUAGGUUUUAUGAUAGUUACCAUUUCUUUGAGUUUGUUAGUCUUUGUUUUAGGAAUAAAUGGUACUUCCUUCUUUUGACAUUUCUUUGUAUCAUUUUAAGGGAUUUGAAAAGGAAUGUUAAAUUUGGCUAUCAAGUUUAAAGACUCUAUAACAUGAUUGAAUUCUAGAAUUGCAUGAGGUUGAUACUAGUGAUGGAUUCUUGAUUGAUGAAAUGGUAUGAUAAUUUCUAUUUACCUAGUGAGGUUUGAGCCUAUUUUAAGUGAUGCACUUGUAGCUUAUUUCACUCUAGAACUUGCUUCAAAUCUGAUUUUUACCUCUAGAGCAGUAUUGAGUCAUGUUUCAUGAAAUUUACUCCAUUAUUACAUUGCCCUCACCUAUUUUUGCUAUUCUUCUUGUCAUAAAUCAUCAUAUCUUUGAUUUUUUUUUCAUGUCUUAUUUCUUUGGAUGUGGAUACCUUGAAUGUUAUGUGAUGAUUUUAUUUUGGCCGGGACGGACAAAUGAGUAAGUGUGGGGGUGGUGUUUAGUUUGAAAUUGGUGUUCUUUUGUGCUGAAAUGUUGUAUCAGUUUUAGUAUCAAAAUCAGAAUGCAAGAUUCAAAGUGAAGGAAGUUUAGUUGGAAUUUGAGAAGAUGUUGAAACAAAUGGUAUUCAAUAUUUUUAUGGCAUUGGUGGCUUCAGAAUUUAGAAUGCCAGAACAAUUCAUCAAUGGAGCACUCUUGAAUGGACACAAAUUUGGCAGCAAGUGAACUUAAACAGUGAGGAAAAUGAGCCAGAAACAGAAUUCAGAAAAAAAAAACAACAACAAACGUGUGCAACUCUGAAUUAUCAGACUUUGAAAACCUUAGGAACUCUUAAGAUUUCAGCAGCAAUUGUUGUUUAAAUCCUGAUAGCACUCUCAACCGGCUGGAAGAAUUCCGGUAGGAGUAACUUGCUGGAAUUUUGAAUGUUCAGUAACUUUUAAGUGAUGUUAUUGGCUGAAAUAUGAUGUAAAUCAAGCUAUGGUUUAAUUUAGUGAUUGUGAAGUUUUAUGGAGAUAAUUGUUGAAGCUUGAAUUGAGUAAGCAGUAACAUCAGUUGAAGAUGUCAAGUGUGUAAAGCAGAAAUUCAGAAUUUGAUGAGAUGCAGAAAUGACAGCUCUGAAAAGAAUUGGAAAGAUGUGCAGUUAGGAAUGAAUGUAGUAUCAAGAUUUCAGAAAUGAUAUUAAGGGAAAGUGAAGCUCAGAUGAAGUGCUGAAACACGAAGUAGCAAAUGGGACUUUAGCAUCAACAGCUUCUACAAAGAUUUAAUUCAAUCACUGGAAUUUGGAAAUGGCAAGACAUUUGAUAGUACUUGAAAGGCUGAAUUUUGGUGAAUGUGAAGAGUAAAAGAAGACAAUGUUUGCUCUCAAGUUGGGAAGUGAAACUUAAUUUAGUAUCAAGAACAAUUGAAAAUCAAAAGGGAAGGGUGCUGGAAUGAUAGAAAUGCAUAGGGUGCAGAAUUCAGAAGGUGCAGAAUUGCAGGAAAAAUGACAGUUUUGUGCCAAUUUGGAAUGAGAAUUGUGAUGAGCCAGGGCUGCUGGAAAAUGGAAGGUCUUUGGAUAUGCAUUGUAAAAGGUUUGUA